AUGGCAACUUCCUACAAUCGUACUUCAUCCUAUAAUCGUACCUAUGAGAAACGGAUCAUUGAAGAAACUCCUACCACACGAAUAGAAUCACCGCUACGGAUUGGUUCUCCACUUCAUCUUGCAUCGAUGCAGCCUCCAUCGUUAACAACACCACUUGGCAGUGGUUCGGGAUUUGUGACUUCGCAGCAUUCAAGUGAAGAUUCAUUUUAUGCACAACUGGAUGUAUCACAAUUUAAACCAGAAGAUCUUAAAGUUUCUGUUGUGGGUCAAUUUGUUGUUGUGGAAGCACAUCAUGGUGAGCGCGAAGAUGAACUUGGGUUUAUUGAACGACAUUUCAUCAGAAAAUUCCGGUUGCCGCCCAGUAUCCGAGCCGAAGCUGUCACCAGUAAUCUGUCGGCUGAUGGCCAAUUAAGCGUUAGUGCAACAGCACCAAAAGCUAGAACCGAUGGUACAGCAAGAACAGUACCAAUAACGUUAAUAUCGACACCAUCAAAAACUGAAUCUGUUUCAUCGCAACAGGCACCAAGUACAUCCGGUGGCGACUUUACCUCAUAA